UUGUAACAGGAGCCACAGAUGGGAUUGGGAAAGCAUACGCAGAAGAGCUUGCCCGCAGAGGAUUUGCCAUCGUUCUGAUCAGCCGCUCUCAAGAGAAACUCGAUGAUGUGUCCAAGGCAAUCGCUAGUAAAUGUGGCGUGGAAACUAAAACAAUCGCUGCAGACUUCAGUGCUACGGAUAUUUAUACGAAGAUCGAUGAAGACCUUGCAGGACUGGAGGUUGGAGUUCUGGUGAACAAUGUGGGCAUGUCCUAUCCCUACCCUGAAUUCUUCCUCAACGUUCCCAAUCUCGACACGUUCCUCGACACAUUGAUCAACAUUAAUAUAACAUCAGUGUGCCAGAUGACUCGUCUUCUUUUACCUCAAAUGGUAGAAAGGAAAAAGGGAGCCAUCCUUAACAUCUCGUCUGCCAGUGGGAUGUACCCAGUUCCUCUGCUCACAGUGUAUUCUGCCUCCAAGGCCUUUGUGGACUUCUUCUCUCGUGGACUGCAAGCUGAAUACAAAAGCAAAGGGAUCAUCAUUCAGAGUGUUUUGCCAUUUUUUGUUGCCACCAAGCUGAGUAAAAUCCGUCGUCCUACACUUGAUAAGCCCAGUCCAGAGCGCUAUGUUGCUGCUGAGAUCAACACUGUGGGGCUGCAGACACAGACCAAUGGAUACCUGCCACAUGCUAUUAUGGGGUGGGUGACUACAGCUCUGCUUCCAGCCAAGCUGCUGAACAGCUAUGUGAUGGGGAUGGGUCUGUCCCAGCGUGCCCGUUACCUCAAGAAGCAGAAGCAGGGGUAGGGGCAUCAGAUGGACCCUGGGAGCCGCAGCAAGAGACGGAGGAAACCAGCUGUAUUAGUGUCUAGUCCAACUGCCAUCAUCAUCAUGGACCAGGCAAAGAGAAUGUGACAGUUUCUGGGCAACUCUCAGUAUUCCUCUCACAACUGAUAGAUGAUGUGAGCCAGUGUCUAUGCACUCGACAUGUGCUCUUCCCAACAGUUUUAUAAAGAAUCCAUUGGACUAAUUGGUGCGUUCAGUAAAACGGCUUUAAUUAAGCAUAUAAACUAAAACCAUGCAAUCUGUUUUAGAAAUGUGAUGAAAAUUUCAUCUUACAACAGAAAAAAAAAUAGAUAAGUUGGCGCUAGGUAAGCAGGAAGUCUCAGAACAUUGUUUGGUGGCUCCUGUUUGCAAAAACACUGAAAGUUUAACCCACUGUUUAAGAAAAAAAAAAAUUCACCAUAAUUGUGUGUGGUUUAAACUUUUACCACUGCUAUUUUUUUUCCACAAAAAAUGUGUUCAGUGUCUGUUUUUCAGCACAAAUAUUGAAGCAUUUCCCUUAAAACACUAACACAAAAUCAUUCCAAAGCUUUAGCUUUUUUGUUUACCCUGAGUUGUCUUAAUAAUUUCAGUGUUUUACGUUCUUCAGUCGUUAAGCCAAACAUCUGUGAUUAAAAAAAUGAAACGUGAUUGGUUUGCAUUACCUGCAUAAAGAACCCGUAUGAUUUAUUUUUUAAAUUUAUAACCAAAUUAGAUUAGUAAUGUCUCUAUUUAAAAAAAAUAAAAAAUAAAUAAAAAAUAGACAGUUGAUAAACAUGAGAACUAAGAGGAACUUUGGGUGUUUUUAGUUUCUGUUUAUGGUGUUUAUAUAAUUUCAAAAUGAUUAUUUCAUUUUUGUCUUGCAGUGUGGAAAGCUUAAAAUUAACAUUUCAUAACUUACAAAUAAAAACGGCGUUCAGGAGUUGCUCCUCUACUGAAGAACUGUAGCAAAAUCUGGGCUUCAUGAAGCUUUGAAGGUUUCCCUGAAAUAUUGACUUGUUGAAUCCUAGCUUGCAUUUGUUCCUUCUUGCCAUCAAUAAAAAUGCUUUCA